AUGGAAUUGGGAAUUGGUGUAAUUGGUGUAAUUACUCUCUUUGUCCUGUUUGGUAGACCAAGUAAUUACAUGGCUCUGGUUGGUAUGGGUGGAAAUCUUGUUGAUUUGGUUGGUGUUUAUGUUAUCAUUUGUGCAACUGUUGGUGUAUUAGCGAGUUGGAUGACAACUAACCAAACACCUAAGGUUGGAAAACCAUACACCAAAUGGAGUGAAGUUCAAGAUGAACAUUUCAUUUACUUUAUUGCUGAACAAGUUAAGUUAGGAAGAACGCAACCAGGAGGCUUAACCACUGAAGGAUGGGAUAGUGUAGAAAAAGAAAUGAACAAGCUAUAUGGGGACAAAUUAGAUAAGACUAAAAUGAAAAAUAGGAUGAGGACUUUGAAGAAGAUAUAUGCUACUAUGAAGAGAAUGUCACAACAUAGUGGAUUUGGGUGGAAUGAAGAAACUCGAAAAGUUGAUGUUGAAGAUGAUGUCUGGGAGCAAUACCUUGCAGCACACCCAAAAGAUUCAAAGUAUAGGACGAAGAGGUUGCCAGACUAUAAUACUUUGGCAUUAAUUUUUGGAGAUACUGUCGCUGAUGGUAGGAAUGGGUGUGAAAUUAAUGAUGUCGAGGAUUUUCAAAGUGAAUUCACCGAUGAUGAUAUAGCUGCUGAAAAAGUUACCAUACCUGCUGAAGAUACACAAUUUGUUGACCAGGAUGAUGGAUAUUUUGUUCAGAACAUGAACUUUACUAGUCCUGAAAUAACUCAAUCAUCUAAUCAAGAAAAGAGAGCAGGAAAAAGGCAUUUAGAUGAGCAACCAACUUUGACAUCACGUCCAAAGAGAAUUAAGAAUUCUAUUGGAAAUAGCUUGGCAAAAUCUGUUGAUCGAUGGACAACAAUAGCUGAAGAACAAUUAAGGCUACAACAUGAACCAAAAAACACUUCCGCUGAAAAAUUAAUGCCUUUGAUAUUGGAAUUAGAGUUGGAUGAUGAAUGGACUAUGCAAACUGUUGACCUCCUUGUAGAUAAGAGAAAUGCUGAAUUUUUUGCUGCUAUGCCUCCAGAGCUUAGAAAGAAAUGGGUCAUGCGCAAACUUGGUUUAUAUUGA